AUGAAGUUCACACUGCAUAGAAGACAAAAGAUACGGUCAGUUUCUAUUGUUACCAACUGCCAUAUUAUCAAGGAGAGUGCUCUCACAGAACAGCUUCAGUCGCACUUCAAUACGGCCUCGUCGAAACCUGGAUCGGACCUACAUUCUACGAGAAAUUCGACUGGUUCUCCAUUCCAGAUUGGAGUCAUGGGCGCGUAUUUGAUGUACGCCAUAUGCCUGAAGGAUGUGGAACGUGGCCUGCAAUUUGGGAAACCGAGGAAUCUGGAUGGCCAAGCGGGUGCGCCGGUGAGCCUUACCUGCCAUGGCGGUGGCUGCAACGUCCGCAUGCCCAGCCAGAACAGCUUUGGGCCUGCAUUCAAUUCGAAUGGCGGAGGAUGGGUCAACACAGAUAAUUGGGAGGAGCUCAGCCACUUCAAGAGACGGCCGGCAGCGCUCUUCAACAGCGCCGCUGGUUCUUGCGACUUGGAAUCCAAGUUCAAGCCAAACAAUAUCAUUAUUAAUUUGAACUUCUUACUUGGAGUGAUCAUCUAUUUGUACCACUAUCAAGAAUUUGAACAGAAUAACUGGAAUUAUCGUUAUAGAGUCGAAACUCCCUCCGAGGCGUGUGCGAUGCAUGGUGAUUGGACAGUUGUGACCGGUGCCUUUUCAUUCGUCAAUUUCUGGAGACGCGGCUGCAUUCUCUUGCUCACUCCAUCUCUCAGCUGGAAACAUCAAGAACCAACUGAUGUCGAGCCCUCACGCGGUGUUCGUCGACAACUCCAACUUUGA